AUGGACUGGCUCCAGAGGAACUUUGGCAUCUUUUCUGUUUUUGCAGAACUGCAAGAGUUACAACUCCUCAAUCCUGACUUCUCCAGCAAGGAAUCACUGUCGCUGCUUACCCCAACCCAAGUGGCACAGUUGACAUUGACCUCUGGGGCGUUGAAUGACACAGCUGACAUUAAACUUGUGUUUACGCGGCUGGAGGAAGGAGACGCUUUCAAAAAUGUUGACGAGUUUCUGACGAAACUGACCGCAAUGGAAGAGAUUCCUGACAUCUAUCCAGCCGUGAGAGAUGUGAUGAUGAAUCGGACAUUUAACAUCAUCAGCCUUCAAUUCCCAAAGUUCGAAACGAUGGACUGGAUUGCAUGGUUCGAAGUAAAGCUGAUUCCCAUCCUCCCCAGUUUUGAUGAAGUCAUGCUCACCAUUGCUACCUCAAACGUUACCUGCACCAACUACCAAGUCAUUGUAAAAGGAAUGGACAGAGCUUUCCCUGAAAUGACUGAGGGUAGAAGAGAAGGAAUCGCAGGAGUCCUGCUGAAAUACCUGAGGAUAUCUGUACACCUUAUCAAUGAACCAGUUUGCAGGUUGAACAUCCACAACGACACUGACUGGCUUGCAAUCAACCUGGGUCCAUACUCCGAAUACACAACCUAUUCGGAUCUCAAAGACUUCAACAUCUCAGGGGUGGCAGUUCUAGACUCCCUCUCACCAAACCAGAAAGCUGAGCUGAUACUGGACCCAAGCACUGGCGCUCUGGAGAAUGAGACUCUUGUGAAGAAGGUUUUCAUCAGCUUGCUGGAAUCUCCAAGGGAAGAGCAGCUCAAUGAGUUCUUUGUGACUUUUGUUGAAGUCACCAAGCAGGAAAACAUCACCAUCAUCACAAACACAGCCGUAAGAGACACAAUGCUAAACCUGACCUUGAUGGCUCUUGCUCCCAAAUUUGACGUCUUUGAGCCAAAAGACUUCCAGCUGUGGUUCCAAGUCAAUCUGGUUGUUCUGCUGGCCAGCUUCAAUCCUGGCAGAUUGGUUGUUAUCCCCCUAAACAUCACCUGUGAAUCCUACAAUGCCAUAUUCACGGGUCUCGACCAAAGUUUGCAAUCUCUUCCGCCUCACCUCUCACAGGGUGUGGAGUCAAGCUUGGAAGCACUGAUGAAGACAUUCCAACGUUGCUCAAGGCCUCCAGCUUUAAUUGUGUGCAAAGAAACAUUGGUCAAUGAGAAACAACUUUGUGCUGGAUUUAACAGCACACAACUGAAGCAACAGAUGUCCUUUGGCAAUUCCUCUGAAUCCCUUUGCAAUUUCAACGUCUCUGAAUAUGCCUGUUCCUCAACUAACGGUCUCUCAGCGGACAACUUGGUAACGAUUCUGAAAUGCCAAUUGGCGAGCAAAAAUACUUACUCAACGGAAAUGUGGAAGCUGUUCUUCCAAAACAAUGCUGCUGUUCUGGAUCAGGCUCUUCUGGAUUACUCCAGCAUGAACCCUAACAUCAGCAGUCCAGCCAUGCCAAAUGUCCUUGAUGCCAUCGGAGAGCUCAAAAUCAACAACUUCAGUAAUGCACAGCUAAGCGACGCAAGUUUCAUGAACAAGUGGUUCCAGUUGAAGCUCCGACCAUUCUUGGCAUCACCUUCCAGGAAUUUCCUCUCCUGUCUCAGCUCAAAGAACUUCAGUUGUCAGACCUACCAAAUUGUCAUUAACGCUCUAAGCAGCCAAAAAGCUUCCAUGGACAGAGAGCAACAACGAUUGAUCUUCACUCAUUACAUCUAUCCAUUCCUUUCAAGAAAUGACUCAUCAGAUCCCGGCUGUGUCUCAAACACCAGUGGAAGCAUGGACUGGCUCCAGAGGAACUUUGGCAUCUUUUCUGUUUUUGCAGAACUGCAAGAGUUACAACUCCUCAAUCCCGACUUCUCCAGCAAGGAAUCACUGUCGCUGCUUACCCCAACCCAAGUGGCACAGUUGACAUUGACCUCUGGGGCGUUGAAUGACACAGCUGACAUUAAACUUGUGUUUAUGCGGCUGGAGGAAGGAGACGCUUUCAAAAAUGUUGAUGAGUUUCUGACGAUACUGACCGCAACGGAAGAGAUUCCUGACAUCUAUCCAGCUGUGAGAGAUGUGAUGAUGAAUCUGACAUUUAACAUCAUCAGCCUUCAAUUCCCAAAGUUCGAAACGCUGGACUGGAUUGCAUGGUUCGAAGUAAAGCUGAUUCCCAUCCUCCCCAGUUUUAAUGAAGUCAUGCUCACCAUUGCUACCUCAAACGUUACCUGCACCAACUACCAAGUCAUUGUAAAAGGAAUGGACAGAGCUUUCCCUGAAAUGACUGAGGGUAGAAGAGAAGGAAUCGCAGGAGUCCUGCUGAAAUACCUGAGGAUAUCUGUACACCUUAUCAAUGAACCAGUUUGCAGGUUGAACAUCCACAACGACACUGACUGGCUUGCAAUCAACCUGGGUCCAUACUCCGAAUACACAACCUAUUCGGAUCUCAAAGACUUCAACAUCUCAGGGGUGGCAGUUCUAGACUCCCUCUCACCAAACCAGAAAGCUGAGCUGAUACUGGACCCAAGCACUGGCGCUCUGGAGAAUGAGACUCUUGUGAAGAAGGUUUUCAUCAGCUUGCUGGAAUCUCCAAGGGAAGAGCAGCUCAAUGAGUUCUUUGUGACUUUUGUUGAAGUCACCAAGCAGGAAAACAUCACCAUCAUCACAAACACAGCCGUAAGAGACACAAUGCUAAACCUGACCUUGAUGGCUCUUGCUCCCAAAUUUGACGUCUUUGAGCCAAAAGACUUCCAGCUGUGGUUCCAAGUCAAUCUGGUUGUUCUGCUGGCCAGCUUCAAUCCUGGCAGAUUGGUUGUUAUCCCCCUAAACAUCACCUGUGAAUCCUACAAUGCCAUAUUCACGGGUCUCGACCAAAGUUUGCAAUCUCUUCCGCCUCACCUCUCACAGGGUGUGGAGUCAAGCUUGGAAGCACUGAUGAAGACAUUCCAACGUUGCUCAAGGCCUCCAGCUUUAAUUGUGUGCAAAGAAACAUUGGUCAAUGAGAAACAACUUUGUGCUGGAUUUAACAGCACACAACUGAAGCAACAGAUGUCCUUUGGCAAUUCCUCUGAAUCCCUUUGCAAUUUCAACGUCUCUGAAUAUGCCUGUUCCUCAGUAAGCUUUUUAAACUCAUCACUGAAUGUUGUCAGUAGCAACAGCCACAUUUCUCUCAUCCGCAUCGUCUUUGUUGAUGUUACUCAUGUUGAUGUCACAGUUGUCUAA